GACCCAGACACAACACAAGCUCAGCUCAACCAGAACAACAAGACAAUGAAGACUAUUGCAGCUUUUGCUCUUCUCGCCUGCCUGAUCGCUGUAGGGGUAAAAGGACAGGACAGGUCUUCAAAGGGCAGGUGCUUGUGUGUAGACAAAGGUGUAAACAUGGUUUUAUUGAAGAACAUUGAGAAGGUUGAAAUCUUCCCUCCAAGUCCAUCUUGUCACAAACAUGAGAUUGUUGUCACUCUGAAGAAUGGUGCAGGACGCAAAUGCAUGAAUCCAGAGUCAAAAUUCACUAAAAAUGUCAUCAUAAAGGCUCUUGAAAAGAGGACCCAGCAGACUGUCCCACACACCACAACUGUUUCUGUGCCACUGAAGAGCACCAUGACAUCAUCAUCAUCACCAACAUCCUUCAAAUGACUUCAAAGACAUCAAAUGUAUUAAUAUUCUGCCGAAUAAGUUGUUCAAUUAAGGGGGGACUUUGAAACUAAGCUGAUUAAAUUAUUAUUUAUAUGACUGCUGGGUUGUUUCACAAAUGUGUUUUCAUAAGAUCACUGAAUAAUGUGUCAUAUGUACAGUCUUUUUAUAGUUUGCUGUAUGGUUGUAUUUUCAUUGUCCACAAAGAUGUAAA